ACUGGCCAUGGAAUCCGGAGCCCUUCACCACUAUCUCUAGUGCAAAUCCGGAUGAAGUGGGCAGUGACAGUCAGUGCCAUCCAAGGACUGUUUGUUGCCCAAGGUGAAACAAGUUGUUGAUGUCUGUCGGCUGGAACAAUCGCCCACCUGUAGCACCGCCCCUGGGUAUAAAUAAGGAAUGAAAUCAGCCCUGGCAGGGGACUGGCCUGCAUGCCCAGAGACUUGCCAGACAUUGUACAGCCUCAGGAGACAGAGCGAGCUGGGUACCGUGGAGAUACACGCAGGAACAUGUGGGCUGGUGACAGCACGGAUGGAGGCACAUCGACAAGUUUCCCACACUCCGCCAGCCGCUGCAAAUCUGGUAAUCGUUCCCAGCCGCACCUGGAGGAGUGAGCCCGGGCUGACAGGGCCGGGGAGGAAACCGGGGCUAUUUAUAAACGGAUGGGAACAGCUCCUGGUGCAGCAGCAGGCCCCCGGCCCAGCCGUCGACGAAGUCAUCCCAUCUCAGAUGCCCGACAUGCCGGAGCCAGUUGGUGAGACAGCCGCCCUGUCCCCAUUACAACAUGCUCUGUCGCCGAGCCAGCUACCGCCUCCCGUACGCGGCCCCCGGGCGCAAGCCAUUGCCAGGACAGCUGCCCCUUCUCCAAAGCGCCUCACGCCAGCGCCCGUUGCCGAGACAACCCCCCAACCCAACGGCCCCACUCUCCGGACGGCCGCCUGGGCGCCCAUGCUGGAGCUCGUCCUUGUGCCACCCCGAAUGCACCACGCCACAGAGCCCAGCAGGGAGACAGCUGCCCCGUCCCUUAUGCCCCACGCCAAGACGCCUGCCUCAUCCCCAAUUGCGAGGCACACUGGGGCAGAUCACAGGAAGGGAGGAAUUUUCCAUUGGGAGCAGUGGACACAACAUGAAGCUUCCGCCCCACUCAGAGCACCAGCUUUAGAGCUCUGCCCUGGGGCACUGCCAUUCUCACUGGCAGGGGAUGAGAAACCACCAGCGUGAAUGAAAGAAACGAGUUUAGGCCUUUCCCACUGUUCUCCCAUUUUCCUCUCCCGGCUCACCCAUUGAGUGACAGCAGAAAGCUUCUGGGCGAGGAAGACUAGAGCUCUGCAAUGAUUCAUGCCCCUGGGGCAUGUCGAAUGGCACAACUCUCCCCAGCCACGUGCAGAGGACACACAAAUACCCCAAUGGCCACAACAACAGAGA